CAGAGACCCCGAAUGGUCGCGUGCGGUACUUGAAGUACACACCGCAGCAUAUGCACUGCAUCGCUGCCUUCUAUGCACCGGUGGUACCGACAAACACGGGAUUUAUUGCCAUUCCUGUCAAGGAGCAACGAUCUCCCAAUUUCCGUGUUUCUUGCACAGGAUACACGCUUGGAAACGAUCAUGCUACAAACAUUGUGAAGAAGCUCAAACUGACUGGAACACCGCAUAAAAUAAUGAAAACCACAGUGUUUGUUAGGGGGAUGUUUAACAGCGACAUGGAGGCAACCAAGUUUGUGGGCGCGAAACUGAAGUCGGUCUCUGGCAUUCGUGGCAUCGUGAAGGCGGCUCUCAAGGGCAAGGACGGAUUGAUACGCGCCACCUUCGAGGACAAACUGCUCCCCUCCGACAUUGUCUUCUGUAGAGCAUGGAAAACGGUACAUCCGCCGAAGUAUUGUUCCAUGCAGCGCAACCUUGUGGACGCAAACUGGAUGGGAAUGCGCAAUAUGCGGGAGCUGCGCUGGGAGCACAACGCCCCACUUGUCACAAAAGGUGAUUCGGAGUACAAGGAGAUCAAACGCCGCCAGAGGGACGACGAGGACUAUGCGGCAGCGGAUGCCACUAAGGUGCUUCUCUCCCGCAAUCAAAAACUGCAACUUCCGUUUAAUAUGAAGGAGGAGUUUAUUCCGCUUGAGCGAACCACGGCGCUGCAGCAGCGCCUUGCCGGUGCCGUUACUGUUGCGCCGGAGCCGCGAGACAUGCGCCGCACCGCGCUGCUGGAUGUCUUUGCGAGUAAAGCGGACGCGAUGCUGAAAAAGAAGGCGGAAGCAAAGAAGAGAACGCGGCUGCGGCACCAGCGCGAGUCAACCGCCGAGGAGGAGGAAUACUUGCGGCAACUCAAGAAGGCGAAGAAGGAGACCGCACGCCUUCGUGAGUUCCGCUCGCAGCAUAAGACACGCAAGUAA